UAUAUGCAGAGUGCUGAAUUCACCUGUCGUGUUGAAGUCAAACGCAUACGCAAUAGCCAAGAUUGGUUCAGGCUGACAUGUGGCGGUGGGAAUUGCAUGAAAGGUGUGUCGCGUAAAGACAAUAAUAUGUGGUGUGAUGGGUGCGAAAACCCCGUUGUCUUCCCCAGAGCAAGUUUCAGGGUAGAACUCGAGGUGUUUGACUCAACAGCCGAAGCUGUCGUUGUCUGCUUUGAAGACACCGCCCAACGCUUGACAAAGACCACUGCUCAUAGUAUACUCACAGCAGAGACUGGCCUAUCACGCGUCUACAACCUUUAUUCCACUGACAUACAGGAUAAGUUCACUCCGGUGAUGGUAAGGAACGCUGAUGGAAGCAUUUCAACACUGCCCAGUUGUUUGCACUCUCUUGUGGGUAGCACUCAGACCCUCCAGCUUGAUUCGUGUACAUAUUAUGAUCAUGGCCAUCUUGAAUCCUUCAACUGCAAGAAUGUCCUGCUACAUGGAGAUGGUUGUAAGCCCUUUGGUUCUUCCACACCUCCAUCGAUCCCCGCUAAAGACAAAGGGGUACUACCCAUUCCGACACCAAUUAAGCGCGUUGAACCGAUCGUAAGGCCUGCUUAUGCAGAUUCGGAUUCAGAAGAAACAGUUGACAGUGACCCAUAUGAAAGUUGGCUGGUGAUGGGAUUGGGGAUGACGGUGGCAUGCGUUAGCUAA